AGCUGAUCCUGAAGCUGGUGACUCAGAUCGAAUAUUACUUCUCCGAUGACAACCUGGCAAAAGAUGCUUUUCUCCUGAAGCACAUCCGACGGAACAAGAUGGGGUACGUCAGCGUGAAGCUGCUGACCUCGUUCAAAAAGAUAAAACAACUGACUCGGGACUGGAGAACUACAGCUUACGCUCUGAAAUAUUCUGACCUCCUGGAGCUGAACGAAGAUGGCCGAAAGGUUCGGCGAAAUGCCCCCGUUCCUGUGUUCCCGGGUGAAAACAUCCCUAGCCGAAUGCUUCUUGUCUACGACAUCUCCCUAACAUAUGAUCUCUGCCCUCUGGAUGAAGGACAGGAGAAUGGAGAAGUCCGAGAGAAGGUCAUGGAGCAUCUCCUCAAGGCCUUUGUCCAGUUUGGUGUCAUUUUGUCCAUUCGUAUUCUCAAGCCCGGGAGGGAUCUUCCACCAGAUAUCAAGAAGUUCAGUAGCCGUUAUAGCCUGGUGGGAACCAAAGAAUGUGCCAUCAUAGAAUUUGAAGAGAUUGAUGCUGCGAUCAGAGCUCACAAAUCGUUCUGCAUCACAGACAAAGCCACCAUGAAGGUCAUCCUCAUUGGGAUGAAGCCUCCAAAGAAGAAGGUCCUCAAAGAGAAAAGCCAUGACAAGAUCUCUGCCAAGGUCCCAGGCAAGACACGAUCGAUGAAUAAGAGAGUUGAAGAACUUCAAGAUGUUGGUGAAGAACUGUCGGCCAAUAGCUCCUCUGAUCAAGAGAGCGACCCAACUUCUCCCCUGCCUGGGCGAAGAGGCAACUCUUCCAACAAAUUAAGUCCUUCGGCCUAUCCGAACAACCAUCUCAGCCCAAACGUGUCUCCGAGGUCGAGUCCCUGGAGCAGCCCUUCUUCCCUACGCAGAACGUCCAGGAUGUCUCCGCUGGCAGAAGAUGGCAAAGGGUUUCCGAGCACGAGUCCUGAGAUGUCGAAAAGAUGUGCCGAUUACUCUUCGGACAGUAGCAUCACUCCUUCGAGUAGCCCCUGGGUACAGCGGCGACAGCAAGCUCGGACUCUAGCACGAGAGAAGACUCCUGUGGGCAGCCCAGAGCCCAGCCCCAAAAUGGCCAACCUUGCUGGACUGCCCGUUGGCGUGCUGCGUUUGCCCAGGGGACCUGAUGGGACAAAGGGGUUCCAUAACAGUCACGAAAGGAGCAAGGUCACCAAGAAUGAAUAAGCUCUGUUUUUACUCAACAUGGACUUGCCACGGCAUCUCCGACUGAUGAAUUCUUUGCAUGGGGAAUAUCCUCAAAGCCCUUGGCACAAGGGUUGUCCUUUGUUUUUCUUUUUUAACCAAAGCUUUUGUAUCUUUGUGGCUUCAUCGGUGUUGUCUGAGGCCUUCUUGCCUGCCCCUGAAGUUGCAUUAUUAUUGCUAUUUUUAAUGCUAGCUGCAGCCAAACAUUUUAUGGGCACAACUUUUAUUUUGCCAGUGCCUGUUCUGAAAAACGGCCAAGUGCAAAUAUAUUUACUAAGGGCAAUUAUCUGAGUUGUAUUUGUUCCUCCAGUGGUAGGUUGAAGUCUUUCGCUCUUGCUCUCUUCCAUUACUUUUGAGGAGCACUUGGGUUUCUGAGAUACCCGUAGCUUUUUGUCUGAUGUCAGAAAGACGCUUCCUAGUCUAGAAUCCAACCAGGAAGGGCAUUUCUGGUGGUAUAAAAUAAAAACACAUGGGCUUAAAACUGUCUCCCAAGUUGGAUGGACUGAAGAUUCUCACGUUCUGGGGUUGGGGUUGAGAGGUGCAUGGUGGUUAAUACCAGUUUUCUUCAAAAACAGACAAAAUUAGCAGGGUUGGCCUUGGGGGGGAAAAAUCACAAAUCCACAGCUGAUUAAUGCUUUUAUUAAAGAAAAGCCUUCUUGCACGUGAGGCUGACUCCUGGUGACCUCAUGAACACAUUCAUGCACUUUUCUUGGCAAAAUUCUAGAGGUGGUUUGCCAUCAUCGCUUUCUUGGGAUUUUUUUCCCAAUUUUUCUGCUCUGGGAUUUCUUUGAGAUCUCCCAUCCAAAUACUAACAAGGUUCAAUCCUGCUUAGCUUCCCGAAUCAGCCAAGACCAGCCAUGCUUUUAGAAGGACUUCAUGAAGAGGGGAGAGAGACAGUUUGGUGUAGUGGUGAAGGCACCAGGCUAAAAACCAGGAGACCAUCAGUUCUAGUCCCACUUUAGGCCUCAAGCCACCUGGGUGACCUUGGGCCAGUCCGUCUCUCUUAGACCUAGGAAGAAGAAGCCAAGGGCCAACCUCUUCCAAAAAUCUUGCCAAGAAAACUGCAGGGACUUGUCCAGGCAGUCACCAGGGGUCAACACAGACUUGAAGACACACACACACCCCAUGAAGGAGAAUAGAAGCAUUUGGGUUCCUUCAAUCAUUUAAGCUUCUUAAGAAAUUUGUCCUUUACUAGAGACAGAGCUAUUACCACCAGCCUGUGGUUGUAACUUCUCAUGCCACAAUGGUCAGGCAGCUGUAGGUAUGAUCCAUUGUGAGAUCGUUGCUAAUAAGCAAUGGGACAGACCUACAUAAAACAUAGGGCCAGCCAAGGGCUGGGAUGAAUGCAAGAUGGCUUUCUGCUACAGGUUAGAGUUACACCUAUAGACUAUGCUGUUUUUACAUAAUACGAACUCAAUUAGUUGAGACUCACUUGGCGAGAUUAGCUGAAUAUGGUGCUAAAGGGUCUUAAGAACAAUCCCAUGGCUGGAAUGAGGCAAGAGUCCAUUGAAAGGCGCAUUGUGGGUCAUAUGUUGGCCAACUGAGUACAUCUAGGAAGCCAACAAAGUUGGGCAAGAGAGGGGUCGGCUUCUUACAUUGUUGCAACAUAUGCUGGAUGUGAUAAAGCAGGUUGGAAAAGGCCAUCAGAACUAGUAGAAUACCAGAUUGUCCAUGGGUUGGUCUAGUCCCCUUUUAAAACAAUCUAAAUGAAUUGUUCCCCUGUCAGGUGGCAGUGAGUGCCGUAACUGCUGCGUUUGGUGAAGACACCAUCCAUCCUUAAUCUACAGCUAACUCAGAGAAUGAAAUCAGCAACUUGAGCUGUGCCCAUCCAAAGAUCAUCAACUUUUCCACAGCUGUGGUAUCUAACAAUGGGAUUAUGUCAUAAUCAAUCCCUUUUAAUAAUCAAAAACAGGAACAUCUAUAGGGAGGAUCAAAAAAGUCAAGAUGGAGGCCACUUCUCAAAGCCCCACCCCUGUUUACACUUUAAUUACAUUAAAAGAGGAUGGGGCUCUGUCGUUCAUGCAUUCUUCAAGCAAGCCAGCGUUCCCUACAAUUUUACCUUUUUGGUCACUCAACCCAACUUAGGAUUUUUAGCCCAAGGAACAGAAUCCUUGACCUUCCCAAGAUGAUCCAAACUUGGUUACGGUUUUGUGGUGCCUUAGCGUGUCAUGCAAAUCUGUUGAGUUCGCUGAUCAUUCAGUUCAGAAAAUGGGUUAAUUCAGCAAUCGGGUUCAAUGUCUUGGUGAAUUAAAUCUUUGUGUGGGCUGAGGGGAAUUGGGAUUUGUCAGAUUGUAUGUAUGUAUUGAUUUUACAGAAGAAGAAUGGGAAUUUAACAUCACAUGCCCCUUUCAGGUUUUUCCGUCGUUUUGUUUUUUGCAGACCACUUCUCCCUCCUUACGCCAUUGCUCCUGACUACACCAGUGACAGACCUCCUUAUCUCUUUAUUCCUAGCCCUAUUGUAGACAACCACGGAUACAUGAGAGAAGCAAUUAAACAGCGGGGAGCCAUGAUAAUUGAUAGGACUCAGGAGGCAGG